GUCUUGCGCCUCACGCGUAUGCGCACCGCCUCCCACGCUCGCCUAGUCCUCGAAGCCUUAGGACUCACGUGUCCGUAUCGCACGCGCGCGCCUGUGCGCGCGCCCAGCGUUGCCGCCAUUCCUCUUGCGCGUGCCUGCCAGCGCCCCUCUCCUAUGCCUACCGCGCCUAGGCAUGCGCCCGUGCAUACCGCCCACUCGCGCGCCCCUGCGCGCUUUGCGUUCCUUCCCGCGGCCUUGCGCGUGUCCCAACCGUCGCCCGUGCUCCGAUCCUGUACCGCGCACUCCCGUACGCCCGUGCACCCACCAGCCGCGCGCCCGCGUAACCCUCGCAAAUCCCGCGUGCACAGCUUUUUUGCCCAUUUGUGCGCAUCAAGGGCCGAUGCGCACCUAUCGCAUUUUAGCUCCUUACUAGACUCGUCGGUCCCUAACCCCACUUCC